AUGGUGCUCGCCGGCGUCCAGGCGCAGCUCGGCCGCGCCUCGACGGCCGCGCUGGUCGCGCUGCCCGCCGUGGCCAUCCCCGUCGUCUACCUGAUCUAUCUCAACGGGCGCAUCCGCUCGACCACGACGUCCCGCGCCGGGCGUCGCAACCAUCACCAGCAACAGCAGCAGCAGCUCAAGGGAUCAGCAACAUCCGAGACACGGGCGCCUGCGGACCCGAAGUCGCUCCCCGACGACGUCAGGUCGGACAAUGGUUCGCGGUGGGUCGUCUCCUACGAGCGCGUCGUCUCCAAGCCGGUCCUGGCGUCGUCCCUCUCGCACCCUGUUGCCGCUACCGACCCGGCAGCGGGCCAGCCGUCGACACUGCUGAAGACGUACCUCCGCGCGACGCACGUCGCAUUCAGCUGGACGCCGCAGGCCCUGUUGAUACGCGCCAUGAUCAAGGAGCCGCACGUCAAGCGCUCGUUCGACACAGACUGGAUCAACGCGCUCAGCUUUGCCCCUGGAGACCUGGUCAACGGCGUGUACCGGGCGUCCCAUCACAGCAAGACGGCCGGCUCUGUGUCGGAACGGUCGGAGCUGCUCAUCGAGGUCCCCGCGUCGUACAAGGGGCCGGCCGUGAGGGGCUUGCUCGUCGCCGCGAUUGAGCCUGCCUCGAGCACGAACACGGACGAGGUGGUCUUUGUCAAUGAGACGUGGAUGUGGCGAGGCGUUGAUGAGCCGCCUACGUUGCUGGAGUCACCGUUUGGCAAGUGGUUUCACGGGAAGCUCGCCGGGUGGCUCAUCUUGAAGGGGCUCGGGGCAGUGACCGGCCGCAAAGAAAAGGCGGGCUGA